CGACGAAAUCCGCGCUGUGACAUCAUGCGCACGACGGGAAUAGAUCGAGAUGAACGACGGGGAGCGUGACUUUUGGAGGUGACUGAAUGAGCGAAGGCAUGAUUGCAGAUAGAGGAAGAUGAGAUGGACGGUGGCAAUCGUACAACAGGGAGGACUGCACGCCGCCGGGGAGGAUUACUCAAGAGGAGCUUGAGAGGGUGGAGGAGGACCAGUGGUUGCGUGGCGCGGGGGGAUCUUCGUCUGAGGGACGUGCCUGCUUGAUGAGGGGGAAAUCUUUCGAGGCGCGUCGUCGUCGCUAGAGCAGACAGAAGUUGCCACAGCAAGCAGCAGGGGCAGCAACAUAGGAAUAGGAAAAAGAGCAAUAGUGUUAACAAGAAGAAGAGCAGCGGGUGGCAAAAGUUGUAUAUUUUAAGUCAAAGAGUAGGUGAGGAUGGUGAGCGCGGCGGAUACAUUCGCGAUCUUGGCGGCGGCGAAGAGAGGGGUGAAGCAUGUCAGCGAGAAUUCGGCCAUGGAUGAUGGGGGAACGUCUCCGUUCUGGUUGCGGGCUAUGGCAACUUGCAGCGCUCCGGAGAAGGCGACCAAUAGCGCGAUGGUGAUGGCAGAUGCAGACGCUCCUUCAUCUUCGGUGACAGCGGGGUUCCGUGGCGGAUGUGGUGACGGCGGCGACAUGGACACACCGACGAUCAAAUUCCAGACGGCUAUGUGCGCGCCGCCCGCCCCGCAGUCGCUGGUCGCACUGCCGGAAAGCGGCAACUGGUGUCCGCGACCGAAUGAAACGACGGCGCAGAGUGGGGUGAUGCUACAGUUGUCAUUAGCGCCAGAUCUUUACGGAGUAAGGACCAGUGGGCGUAUGCAGGGGGGCUCAGUGAUGAGCUGUGGUGCGAGCGCAAGGUCGCCCCGGCAGCAGCCACAUGAACAACUGAUGGCGGUGCGAGGAGGGACAAUGAACGGGGUGGGGAGACAAGGCGGAGGGGGCUUAGGCUCUAUGAUGGGAGCGUCAGGCGCUGGUUGGCACGGUGGGCCUUCGCUUGAACACCAUGCACAGCUGUCAAAGGUGGAGGAGGAGGAAGACGUGGAGGUAGAUGAUGAGGACGAGGUGGAAGGGGGCAAGGAAGAGGCGGAGGUUUACGAGGAAGGUCAUGAAAUGCUCGCCAGCCUGCCAGUAGAAUCCCUGUCCUGCAAUGCCGGGAGUGGGGUUGAUUGCGGAAAGGAGUUGACGGAGAUCGUUACGCAGACGGCAAACCAGAUGACGCCUGCGGCGGCGGCGCCGCAGGCGACGACUUUAGCAACGUCCCUAGCGACAAUGGAGGUCACACGCAGAGCUGGCGGAAGCGGCGGCAAUUCGGCGGCGGACAAAUUCCAAGCAGCGGGAGGCACGGAGGGCAAGAAAGGCUUGAGCGAUCCAAACCUGGGCAUGCAAGGGCUGGCCUUGGUGGCCGAGAUGUUUUCCGACAAGGAGAACGGGCCGAAAGAGGAGGCCAGGAAGGGCGAGCAAGAGGCUUUGGAGCGCAAGGGCGACGAUUGCGCUCCUCAGGCAACGUGCGGCACCGCUUUUGACGGGCCGGCGCCGGCUGGGAUAGUGGGGGGAACGGGGUCGAAGCCAGAGGAGGAGGAGACGAAAUCGCCAAAGAAUUCGGAGAUGGUGACGUCGAGAUCGGAAUUGGGGACCUCGACGUGGUUGCGGAGCUCGACGAGGGUGGUGAAUGGAGCAGGGGCAAGCGCCCUGAGAAGAACGGGAAGGGAUAGAUCCCCUGUUCGUUUGACUACUGCUGUUGCUGCCGUGGCGGCUGAAGGGGUGGUUGUCGGGGGCGCAGACACGGCAAGAGGUGAAGAAAAGACGUGCGAAGGAGGGGAGACGAUUGCUGACCGUGGGGCGAUGGAGGUGGAGGGGGAAGGGGACGCAGCGAAGGAGGAGGAGGGGAGCGAAGGAGGAAGGAGAGAAGCGCAUGAGGGAGACGAACCUCGCAUCGGAGGGGAAUUGCAGAUCAACAUGGCGGCCGCGGGGGUGGUGGGAGGAAGCGUGCCGGCGCGUGAGGUUUCAAGCAGGAGCGCCGCUGUAUCUCAAAGACGGAAAAGGACGGUAGUUAGCAGCGUAGAGGCGGAGCGCGCGGCUGCGGAACCUGCGGCACUCGUGUCAGAAGGCGUAUCAGAGCAGAUUAGGUGCCGCGCGCGGGGGGUGAGCGUUUCGGAGAAUGGGAUCGCUUGCUGCGACCCGAGCAUGGAGGGGGGGUCAAAGUGUGCGGCUGCGGCGGCGAAGAGCGAGAGUGGCGGCGAAGAGAAGCGCAGCCUGAGAUCGGGCGCGGAAGAGGUGGGAGAGGACAGCCGCGGAGGGGUGGCCGUGGCGGGCGGAAGACAAAAGAGAGGCGGCGGUGGAGUGAGCGGCGGGGGGCGAAGCGGGUCGAGAGAAGGUUCACGGGUAGGCGCUGGCGGCGGCGCAGAGACCUCCGCCAGCACGGUCGUGAGGCAAGCUCCUGCAGCGGCGACGGUUGGGGCCAGUGGCGGCAGGGGGCUUCUGCAUAAUGCUGUUGGAAAGGGGGGUGGGGCGACGUGCUCCGCGAUCGAUGGCUUCUCUCUGCUUGCGGCUGCAGCAAGCGAGCAUUUGAGAAGCAAUGGGAACGAGGGAGGGACAUGGUCCGGAGUCGAGGGGCAGAGGGUGAUGCCACGGGCGUGCGCGGCUGUUCCGAGGAGCGGUGGAGGCAUCGGCAGCAGCAGCAGCAGGGCGAAUGGAUACGUCUCGGCGGAGAGAAGGUUGAACGCGGUGUUCAACCGGAGCGGGAGCUCUUCGUUUAAGGGGAUUGGGGGAGGCGGCGGCGGCGCAGAAGAUUCAGAAAGCCGCGGGGUCGGUAGAGAAGGGGAGGCGGCGGUUGCUGGUAGUGGCGGCACGACGGUAUUAGCGGCUGGGGGGAGGAGGUCUUCGGUGGGGGGACGGGGGGGAGAGAGCGCAGUUACAGCAGGUCGGGAGAAAGGAUCGCACCCGGCGAUGUCGGUUGGACUCGCUGGCGGCGGGGAAAGAAACCAACAAAGCAACGGCACAAAGAGGCGGAAAGAGAGGAGAGGAAACGUGGCCUUACUGGGAGCUGGGAGCGUGAUUACGGCUGGCCAGGAAGAGCUGAAGAGUGACGCUAGCUUGGAGAAUGAGGUGGAGGCAACCGCGGCGCACAGUCAUAACGAGCCGAGAGGAUCCCAGGACGGUGGGAGAGGCGGCUCGCUAGGGAGCGGGGGUUCUGGGAGAGUUGCAACAGCAACUGUACCAGGGAGCAAUGGCGGCGCAGUAUGUGGUCCGAAGCGAGGAGGAGGCGGCGUUUCGACUAAAAAGAUGAAUGGUAGGGGAGGAGGAGGAGUUGGCAACGGGCGGAUUGACAACAGCGCCACCGCGGGAAGACCGUUAGGAGGGGGGGGUGGAGCUUCGCAGGCGCAGCUGUGGAACAGGGAGGCGGAGAUCAAGAAGCGGUUGAUCGCGAGAACGGGGGACGUGGCGGCGCAGCCGGCGAAACGGCGUGAAGUCAAUCGGAAUGGGGAGAAGCAGAGGACAGCGGAGUCAUCGGAGGAGGACGAUGAAGCGACAGAGGACGACGAUGUAGCGCCGACGGCAGGAGCAGCAGAAGGUGGUAGCUUGGGAAACAAUAAUGUACGCCGAGGAGGUCGCGCUGUCAUGGGGAACGGUCGCCACGUGGAGUUUGACGAAGGGGGGGAGGCAAUGGACCCCGACGAGGCUGACAACUUACUCGCCAAGCAGCAAGAUGAGGAGGGAAUCGCUGCGCCGCGCAGGGAUCCGUCGCUAGCAGAGUACGACGUUGGGGACGUCGUUUGGGCCAAAUCCGGCCAGAAACACGAUCCUUUCUGGCCAGCCAGGGUCGUUGAUCCGUUGCAGGAUGCGCCCGCCUCCGUUCGGCAAAGAGGACAGGCGCAACGGCUCUGUGUUAUGUAUUAUGGACCUACUGCGAAUCGGCGACGAGAUAGGGAACAAGAGGAGCAGGGGGAGAAGAAUGGAACUGCAUGUGAGAGCUGUGGGGUGGCCUUGCUCCCAACAUUGACAGGGAAAAGUAAGAAGCAAAACCCAGAAGAUGGACGGUUCUGCAGGUCUUGUUUGAAGUUUAUUCAAGCAAAGCAACAUUGUGGAGUGUGCAAGAAGAUUUGGCUCCCUAACACGAAAGGAAACUAUGUGCAGUGUGAUCAAUGCAAGUUCUGGAUCCACAAUGAAUGUGACUUCUACAUCAAGAAACAUUUUAAGUUGACAUUCAUGGAGGAUGGUGGGGCAAUUGGUUUGGCAUUCAACAGUGGUAGCGUGACGCAAGCCCAAAAGACAGGGACAAGAGAUCUUGCAUCUCUAAUGAAGGGCGGGAGUGAGGGAAAUUCGGUGUGGCGGUUCCACGCGACACGCCCCGCUCUGCAGUGUCGGGAGGACACGAAGUCCCGUUGCCCGCUGCCACGGUUUUUCUUUCAGCCCCCCCAUUCAGUUCUGUUUCCCACCAGUCCGUGGGCGGCGAUGGAAAGAUGUGAUGGACGAGGGAGGAUCAACGAUGGAGGAGGAAGGAGGAAGAGGGAGAAAGACAUUUGGGGCAUGUGGCACGCGUGCGCUCACAAAAGCAAGGGUGGGAGAAAGAGGGAGGAUGAAGAGGGAGAAGCAUGUUUGGGCCGAUCUAAACAAAGGAGGCAGCAUGAGGAGCAGCAAGGACGAGGAGGAACAAUGAAAAAGAGGAGGAGCGAGGGGACGAUGAGAAUGGAGGAAAGAGGAGGAGGAUGGAACGAAAGGAGAAAGAGGGACGAAAAGGAGGAGGACGAUAAGCAUGGAAGACGACGAGAAUUCAUGGAGGAGGGGAGAGGAUGUAGGGAGGAGGUUGCCAGGGGGAGGAGGACAUUGCGCAAGGGGGAGGAGGAGGUCGGAACGAGGGGGAUGAGGAGGUCGCACGAGGGGGAUGAGGAGGUCGGACAAGGAGGAGGAGGUUGUGCGAGGGGGAAGCAGACAUUGCGGCAAGGAGGAGGAGGAGGUCGGAAGAGAGCCUCGGCGUGCCAGUUGGAGCAACGACUCGACCACAUACUCGCAAUGAUCGGGGACAUCAAUACUUUCGCUGCACCAGCCACCAUCAGCGAGCGGCUCAUCACCUUGAAGAUCGAGAUUCGGCCGCUACAACAGCCGCUAGCCACCGAUGGCAACAUUGGUGCACCACGACAGUACAAGAUGCCGACGUUCCGGAUCGAGAAGUUUGACGACUAUACGAGCAGGAUCCAGUCAUCUGGUGGCAGUCCUUUGCAACGGAGACCCGCUGACCUUCACACCAAGAUCUCAUGGGAAGAUCUGACGAAGGAAUGGAAGAAGCGGUUUAUCGUUGACGACGCUCCGACGCUCGCCAUCAACCGCCUCUUCGCCAUGUCCGAAGGCAACACAAUGACAUGCUAUUGGCUCACGGAAUGGCAGAAAAUCGAGGCAACACCUCAUCUUGACUCCCAUUUUCGCAUCUGCGCCGCGAGUUCUACAACCGUCUUGGAACAAGACGGCGACGACUGGCACCCUGUGGAGUAUUUCAGCCACAAGGUGCCUCCCAUCAACUCGCUUGAUGUCGCAAGGAAGAAGGAGCUGCUCGUGUUUAUGACGGCUCUCAAGCAAUGGUUGCGCUUCCUCCUUAAGGAUUGGGUUGACCGCCUCCCCAACAUCGAGUUCACCUACAACACUUCGUUGCAUCCGACGAUCGGCGUGACUCCCUUCGAGUUGCACCAUGGUGGUCGGAAAGGUCUUAUCUUCGCUGAUCUCCUACUCCCACGGAUUGCCGACUUUGACGCCCCUUGCUCUCCCGCCUUCGUUCGGAAGUAUCGGGACUUGCUGGCUAAAGCCUGCAUGAACAUGCAAAAGGCUCAAGUUCACAUGCAGCAGCAAGCCAAUCAGCGUCGCGUACCAUGUCCUAUCCGCGCCGGCGACCUGGUUUCGGUCUUCGCGGAAGAGUUUGCGCUCGAGCAAGACAUCUCUUGCAAGCUACUCCCCAAGUGGUUUGGACCUUCGACCGUAACAUCAGCCGCGGGUGAUGAGCCCGAUGGCCCCUCAUUUGUGGUCGGCAUUCCACCACAUCUACCGGUCCACCCGAUUUUCCACGCCUCCAAGCUGGCUACAUAUACACCGGCUAAGAGCGACGAUUUUCCGGGCCGACGAUCGCAGGACCCUCCUUCUAUGGAUGGUCAUCAGGAAGUUGACCGCGUCAUCACUGAUCGCAAGUACGGCAGCAAGCCCCGACAAUACAAAGUUGCCUUCAAAGCAUGCGAUGGUGACGACACCCGAUGGAUUUCACGCGCAGACUUGCAAGCAUCCGGACCACUGAUCUACGCUCACUACGAACGACAAAGACUAGCUAAGAAAGCUUCACGUCCUGCCCAUCCCACCUGGACUUUGGUCCCUCCCUCGGACAGACAGCUGUGCCCUCGCAGUGAAAAGACAUGGUUCAGAGGGGAUACACAUAUGAAAGGGAUGCCAGCACACGGACGAGAAGUGCCGUAUGAACCAAUUGUCAUGAGAUGGACGGUGGAGCGAUGUGCGGUUUGCUGGCAGGUGGAUGAAUAUGAUGUGAAUAAGAUCAUUGUUUGUGAUAGGUGUCAUGUGGCAGUACAUGAAGAGUGCUAUGGCACGAAGGCCAUGGACAAGAAAGGACCGUGGGUGUGUAGACUCUGCGAGACACCAGAUAUUGAGAGGGAGUGCUGCCUUUGCCCUGUGAGAGGUGGGGCCAUGAAGCCAACGUCAGUGGGGGGGCUGUGGGCCCACCUCCUGUGUGCAUGGUGGACCCCCAAUGUUUGCAUAGAAGAUACUCGAAAAAUGGAACCGAUUGAAGGAUUGACUGAUGUCAACAUUGCGUACUUCAAGAUGACAUGCUCGAUAUGUAAGCAGCCACAUGGCGCUUGCAUUCAAUGUGAUUUGCGUGGCUGCUGCGUGUCAUAUCAUCCCAUGUGUGCACGGAGAUGUGGCUACUUCAUGGAAAUGAAACCGCGGACAAAGGAUGGAAUGUUUGUGAAAAUGGAAAUGACAUCCUUCUGCGCUAAGCACAGGACACCUCACCCAGAUUCAGCAGGCAUGGAGACAAUGCAUCCUGAGUCUUUGAAGCCGAAAUCCCGAGCAUCUGGCGGGGACCGAAGAAGAGGCGGCGUUGGAGGUGCUUGGGGAGAUGUGUAUACAGAUGAUGAAGAGCACAGUUCAAACGAAGGUGGUGGAGAUGACAGCAAAGGGUUUUCCGCUGCUCGAUGUACUCCUUAUGAAACAGAUGCAGCCAGGAGAGCAUCUCGUAAACAGGCUUCGAGGAGGCAACCUGUUCCUUAUCGUGUACGUGGAAUAUCUUGGCACACAGUGGAACAGAUCCAAAGUCUUCGGCCUGGAACACAGAAUGAAGAAGAGGGAUUUUCACUGCAUGCUCGGUUAGAAAUUGCUCAGAAAUCAGAGUCAAGGCGGCUAUGCUUUGGGCAAUCUGCGAUCCAUGGUUGGGGUUUGAUGGCAAGAAGAGCGAUAAGGAAUGGCGAAAUAGUCGGGGAGUACAGAGGGGUGCUGGUUGGUGGAGUUGUAGCAAACAUGAGAGAGGAGAGAUAUCAGCGGCAAGGCAAGCAUUGCUAUGUAAGUACACAUGGUCAGAAUGAGAGGUCCAGCAAGCAUUAAACCAUGAGUCCCUGUGAGCCCAUUUUUCGUGACCCGUAUUGUUCCUGCUUGCCAACAAAUAACAAGCAGAUGU